UCGUUGCGACUCAGCCUAUAGACUUAUGUUAAGUUGAUCAAAUCAAAAGUUACCGUUAUUGUCAUACACACUUAUCUUGGAAGAAAUUUCUAAUUAUUUAUUUGACAUUUGGAAUUCAAAGUUGGUUUUAAGAAAAAGUGAACAAAAUUGUUUUUUUUUAAUCCUUUAAGGGAUUUGUGCUUGUGCUUUCUUUGAAAUUGUUUUUAAAAACAAUCAUAUUAAAGGUGUUACGAAACCACUUUUUUAAAGAUGUAGCUUUGGGGCUAUUUUAACUUUAGAUGCACUUGAAUGAUAACAUCUCGAAAAAGGAAUGGAGUCAAUCAAUGAAAUAAUUGACCAUCAAACAUUCAGCGAGGAGCUUGUUGAAGAUGCCACUGAGUUCAUUAAUGUUGAGCGCCGAAACCUCGGUCAGAUUCACCACCAGGAAACCAGAGAAACUGACACCGGUGACGACCUGGCAUUGUCCAUGCAAACCAUGAUCACCUGCCCCAGGAGGGACGGAACAAGUGGAGCCAAAAAGACUCGCCCUGGAUCAGCAUCAGGAUCAGGAUCAGCAUCAGGUUCGGCACCCGAUUCUGUGGUCAUGGUCAUCGACGCAAUGAGUCAGAAUGUCAGGCAGUCAUCAUAUCAAAAUGUGCCCCAGCAGCUUCAGUUGCAGUCAAAGGAAAUGCCUCUGCCUUUCGGACUUCUCCAGCAGGAUCGCCAGCGAAUGGGCAAUGGCAGUCCAGUGCAUUUUGUGGAGUCCGGAAUGAGUUUGGAAGGUCUGGCAGUAGAUUCAAUGUCGCAAGAGAUGGCCAUAAAGCAAGAGCUUCUUAUUGUGCAAACCAAGGCUCUGGAUCAAUCGGACAAGCACAUUCGAACGCAUGCGGAUGUGCCGAGCGUAAAUGCAAGUCUUAGCGUGGACGUGGACGAACUGGAUGAAAUCUCCUCUGACUGCGUCGGUUGCCACGAUGAAGGCAUUACAUUGAACCAACACCACCAGCAGGUCUUGGAGCAGCAGCAGCAACAGUAUGGCCUAACGAUCCAUCAUACCCAUCACCAGACUAAUUCUCAGGCCCAUCAUGGCUUGAACCAUAGAUCAGCCCAGCUGGAAGUGGGGCUGGGCAGGGUGCAUGGAGAAGUGCUGUCGGUCAUUGUCCAUUCGCAGGACAGCGACAAGGAUGUGGAUGGCGAUGAAGAUGCGGAUGGGGAUGCGGAGGGGGAUGCUGAGGAUGAAGAUGACGAUGAUCGAGACUCGCGCAGUCGUGGUCAGCUGCUUAGCCACAACUCCUAUCAGACGCUGACUUCGGUAAAUGAUCGACUAUCGCCGCCUGGAUUUAGUCAAACUUCGUAUGCCACUUUGACCCCCAUCCAGCCCCUUCCACCAAUAUCAACAAUGUCCGAAAAGUUCGCAUACUCCGGUCACAUUUCCGCAGGAGACAGCGGUGAAACGGAUGUCAAUGGCAGAGGAGGGGGUGUGGUUGAGGGUGCAGAGGUAACUAACCAAUCUGCCGACCCUGCAGGAACAGGUUCCAACUCUGAUAGCAACGCCACUUCCUCUGGGUGCAGUAAUAACGAUUGCAGUUCCUUUUCUGCUCUCACCGUGCCUAUGGGCAGUGGGCACUUGGGUCUCGGCGUGUUGGGCGGCGUCCACUCACCCUAUUCGACGUAUGAAAAGCUGGCUUCGAUGAUCUCCCCUCCGCCCAAUAACUACCUAGUCUCAUGCGAUGUCCAUGCCUCAGUGUCGGGACGCGGUUCAAGCUCAUCCCAAAUACAACUAAGCCAUACCGAUCAUAAAAAGGAUUUAGCGACAGCUCACGCACACGCCCAUGGACAUAUCGAAGUCAACGGAGCGAAGUUUACCUACACGGGCCACAUUUCGGGAGGAGAUAGCGUCGAUACUGAUGUCAACGGUGAGAAGUUCACGUACUCCGACCACAUUUCUGGAGGAGAUAGCGGCGACGCAGAUGUCAAUGGAGAGAAGUUUAGCUAUUCUGAUCACAUCUCUGGCGGUGACAGCGGCCCUGAUGUUAACGAUGGAACGAAUUGGCUCCAAAUGCACCCUGAACGGGAGGUCCGACUGCAUAUGCCGGCUGAACUGGAGGCGCGGUUUCACAACGCAACUGAUCGGAGGCCGCGUCUCAACAUGCCGCCUGAAAGGAGUCACACAAAUAGACACCUUACCCCAACCGCUGAGCCCAUCUGCCAACCUGAUUGGAAGCCGGACAACUGGAAGCAUGGCAACGGAACUAUUGUCAGUUUGUCCGCCGAUAUGCCCGUGGUAGUGUCCCUCACGCCAACGCCGCCCCCUUUGACAGAUGAUUCGGUGCCCGGAGUGAAAUUAACUGGGCGAGUGUCUCCGAGCCAAAGAGCACAAUACUUUCUCGAAAAGGGGCAUGAAACCAGCAGCGUUAACGCCGAACAGUGUAGCCCAACCAUCCAUGGAGCCCCGCACUCAGUCUGUGCCAUCCAUCAGCAGCAAUCCCAAUCGGUCCUUCUAAACGGAUUUGAAAGUGUUGGCCAGCAACCCAAAAUUUCAGCAUCUACCACGCCGAAGGCCUCGGCCUCAACUGGAGGAAACGUCAGCGACAUGGAAGAGAUCAACACUAAGGACUUGGCGCAGCGCAUCUCGGCCGAGCUUAAGCGGUAUAGUAUUCCUCAGGCGAUUUUUGCUCAACGCGUCCUUUGUCGGUCGCAGGGCACCCUGUCCGAUCUGUUGCGUAACCCAAAGCCGUGGUCCAAGCUCAAGUCCGGCCGCGAGACGUUCCGCAGGAUGUACAAGUGGCUCCAGGAGCCCGAGUUCCAACGCAUGUCGGCUCUACGAAUGGCCGCUGCCCAAAUCCCCCAGCGUGCGCCCUUGGGGGCUGGCGUGUCACUUGGCUCUGCAGUGGGAUCUAGUAGUUCCCCAACGACAAUGCCGGCAGAUCUUGAUUCACAUGUUGGGCAAACCAUAGCUCCAAGUGAUGAAUCUAUCUCCACAUCUCCAUCUGCACCUGUGACUGCCCUCAACAGCGUGGUUAAUUGUCGACGAAAGGAAGAGCCCCACAUAGAGCAAAUGCCUCAGCCAAAGAAGCCCAGAUUGGUUUUCACUGAUCUUCAGCGACGAACGUUACAAGCAAUUUUCAAAGAGACCAAGAGACCCUCGAAGGAAAUGCAAGUGACGAUCGCGAGACAGUUGGGACUAGAGCCAACUACCGUGGGUAACUUCUUUAUGAACGCGCGAAGGAGGUCGAUGGAUAAGUGGCGGGACGAUGAGUCCAAAAGUUCUUUGCAUCUAAUGCACAAUCGCCAACAGCAACAGCAACACGACGAGCAGGACGAAGACGAUAGCCAAAGUCGUACACAAAAUCAGAGUCACAAUCACAAUCAGACUUCGAGCACAAGUUUAAACCACGAAAGCUACUCGAGUCUUCAUACCACAGCCAUGUCGCCCCUCGGAGCCUUUGAUGAGGAUACAGAUAUGGACCUAGAGUUGGACAGCCACGACUUCGAACUGGUGGACCCCGAUGAACAUGGGGAUAACAAUGGCCCAAACGGCGAUAUGUUGUGACAGCAUAGCCAAAGCAGACUUCAAAUGUGUAAUAAGCACGAGCUAUAUAAAUCUGAGUCAUUGACAAAAUUUGAUAGGAACCGCCUUCUUGAUAGCACCCAGUCCCGUACGCACACACCUUCGAUGAGAGCAAUGAAAGUGAAUAUCCGUCGUAUAUUCAAGAAAAGAUAUUCAGAUUAUAAUGGUAGCUACAGCGACGAGGCUGGAUAUGACAAUGAGAAGACUUCGGAGUAUUUUCUUACGAAUGAAGGACUAUCGGAUGACAGGAUUGAUCUAAACCAGGGGCUUCGAAAAGUCGUACACGAUCGAGGGUCCAAUAUUUUUAUUGAUGACGUGGGCUUCAGUUGCUUGGAUGACCUAAAAGUAAUGAUAGUCUGCUGAGCACCGAAGAACAAAGUUACUGCGUCCAUUUUAAUAAUUGCCUGCUCACUGAUUUUAGAAUGGUUCGAAACAUCAGCAAUUGAUUGACCACAUUCAAUGUUAUAAAAAGGUUUUUUUUUUUUUUUUUUUUGUUUCACCUAAACCUAUACCUUUUUUUUUUAAAUUUAUAAUCACAGUAAACACGAAAUAAAAACUAGAAACAUUAAAGCAAAAAAACAAGUAUAAAAGCGUUGGGAAAAUAACCCAGGAACAACAAGAUUAGAUUCAUCCAUAGAUACCAAAAAUGAAGGGCAUUAGUUGUACCCUUAGUAGUUGUGCUUAUUACGAUUUGUUAAAAACAGAUAUUAUGAAUUUUCCUAUCGAUUUUCUAAUAUUUUAUAUGGCAGCUAACCAACCUUUAAAAAAUUAUAAACCUUGUAUCGAACUAGAUUGCUUCAUCCGAUUGCGUGUACGUUAGAAAACAAUGAGCUUUGACUAUUAUCGAAUUAGUUUUCAUAUAUUUUUCCGAAUGUUCCCAUAUAAUCCUAUAUGAUGAUUGCGUACAAACAGACAGACUGACAUGGCGGGAGGGUGAUGCCCAUCCAUACUGCGGUCGCAGUUAUUCUAUCCCCUGCAAGGGUGUAAUAACCUGCUUGGUUAGUGACAACCUGACCAAUACUUCUGUCAGAACUAUACAUACUAGUUUAAAAAUAUUGAUUAAAAAUGUGGAUUGUAGACCCUUUUUACCUGUUUGAAUUAUUAUAAAUUAUUUUUCAACUUUACAGAUAGUCAAAUUCUAAAGCAGAAAGAUUCGUAAGAAUUCUUUUUUUUUUCUUUUUUUCUUCCCCUCACCAUGCAAAUCUUUUCAAAAUAAUAAUAA